AUGCAGACCCAUACCAUAAUUAUUGUCUUAUGGAAAUAUCGUCUAAACCUCUCAAAACUACGAAAACCUGGAAAUGUACGGAUUUUCGUCGUAGGACCUCCGAGGACGCUUGUGGACGAGAGCAAUGUGGAUGUAUACUUCCAAGUGGAGUCGCCUAUACGUGACCACGACCAUCAGCAAUUGCUUCAGAAGGUUCGAGAAUUGUGCUCAAUGUAUGCAGCGUCACAACGACGACUUGUCGCAUUUGAGAGAAGUUUGCAAAAAGCGGUGGCCAGAAUAAGGAAGGAGAUGAGCAUAGAGGGAUUUUAUCCGGAACAACUAGAACAAAUACUCAGCGUACGCGACGCAAUCCAUAAUCCUCGUAAGAAUGGGCUAGCUACUUUGAGACAAUGUUCACUCUCCGGAAGUCCUCAGCCGGAACCGUGGUUGGAAGUUAUUCGAUCUCAAGUAGGCGGAUUUCCAGUGGUUGUACGAUCUGUUCGUCAACAUCCACUUCAAGGAAUAUUGCGUACUGAACGAGAAUUUCGACAAUACUUCAGACGUAACUCUACCGUACACCACUGUGGAGAGUACGUCGUACAGGAAUUUAUUGACGAUGGUUACGAAUUCACAGCCUUAUGUACUGCUAAAGGAGGGUUGAUUGCUUGCACGGCUUCUAUGGAAACUCAUCGGACCAUUCUGGAAUGCAUCCAAAACCAGCUACCGUAUGCAGUACAGUUGUUUACAGUGGAGCAAACAAGAGAUAUGUUACCUGGAGUGGAAUCGUUCGCUACUCAGGUUAUCAAGGCUACCUUUUCAAAAAGCUACUCAGGUGCAAUUUUCAUCAAGGGAUUUUACAAGGAUCACAACGAUAUCUUCUUCCUGGGUUUCUCCUUGGAACCAGAGUCGGAAACACUUCGAACGUUGUUAGCUAUGUCGAAAACAAUGCCUUGGGAAAUUGCUCUAAUCGAGAGUCAUUACGAAACCAACGAUAACAUGCAGAAUGGUCAUUCCGCACCGUCACCAAUCCAUCAUUGUGUAGUGAACUUUCCAACUGCCGAAGGAGUUCUUAUACAUCAGACAUCGAUACCAAAAAGACAAACAAGCGAAAUGCGAGUAGCGUGGCGAUGUGCUGAAGGUCAAGAAAUGACGGAUAGCACAAGUAUUGACGAGAACGUCGCGCAAGUCUACCUCACAAAUUCGGAUCACGAUCGUCUACUUGAAGAAGCUCAAGAUAUCAUGCGAAACACUGACAUCACCAUUGACCGCAACGUUCUACUGGAUCGUCACUCAGUUUGCCGUCGCAACGUAUCGCGCCUGAAUCCUCGUGAACUGAUCCGCAGUUGCACGACUACUGACUGA